GCGAAGGCGUGAACAAUUAUAUUUCUUGUUACCGGCUAAUUACGGAAUUCGCUGUCGUGCUAUUAAAUGAACUUAAAAAUGUGAAUCUUAUGAGAAACUUUGUUCGCACGAGUUAACAUCCUUUUUCUACUAUUGCACGUAUAAAUAAAAACAAAAAUAAUUGAAUAAAGUGCAUUCAGCUCUGCUACAAUUUCAGUCGAUUGAAAUAAUAGUUCCGAUUCAAAUCGUAAAUUGCAUUAUGUGUUGUGCGUUCGAAUAUUUCUGCAGAGUUAUCAUUCAAGCUUGUAUAAAAUGCGGAUGCAAAUGAAAAUCCUGUUCGACAAGGUUUCUAAUCGGUAGAAUAAACGCUGCGCGCAUAGCCAGAGUGUCCAGGAAGUGACCCGAGGACCCCACCGCACGUUCGAAUACAUUAAACUUCGUUUUCCUUUCCGAAUACGAGACCACAAAUACGUGUCUGCACAUACUUUUUUAUAUCAAAAUAUCGACAAAGAAAUGGACCGAACCUUCAUCGACGAAGAAACUGGUGAAAUUAUUAGCGUUCCAGCUUCCAGUUGCGAGGUGCAACAACUCGUUAGUUCGGUGAACAAUGCCGAAACAGGAGAACCAGAGAUCAAUGUGAUAGGAUUUGAAAUGACGAAAAAUCGAAAGAUUCGUUUUCAGAUUCCAAAAGAGGUGAAGGAAACUCUGCCGACCAAGGAUGGUUCUCUAAAGAAAAGCGAAAAUCUAAUGGAAUUAGAACCUGUCCCCGUUGGAGCAUCUUUUGGACAAUUGAAUCCAGUUUGUUUGGUUAUCCUUGUCUUAUGUUUUCGAUGGUUUCUGCCCGUGUUGAUGCUGUUCGAGGUAUCGUUGCACGUUUGGGCCCACCGUAAAAAUAAGGCGUUGAAAGAUGCCAGCGUCUACUUUCGUUCACCGUUUCACGCGAUAUCAUCCGAAUUUUGUGCCUUGUGCCAAAAUGAAACGUGCAUGGAUCGCGUCGGUAAAAUGCAACAGAUACGUAUGCACAAAUUUCUGCGACAAUGUAACUACAUGAAGAGGGUUGUAACGUGAAAAUCUUGCCAAUUGAAAAUGUGUGCAUUAUUUUUUUAUUCGAAGCACGAUGAAAAACACUUCGCAAAUGAAGCGGUAUAUAACUCCACCUUGAAGAGAACGUAUCGUAUUAAAUAUAUUUUAGUAUUAUAGAAGUGGCAAGUAGCAUUGCCUUUUCUAUUAAUUUAGAUUCUAUUGAACUACACUAAUCGAAUUUACUAACGUAAAUGGAAUCGAUCAUGAGUAGCAAUGGUGCAGGAAAAAUUUUGUUACCGGGGAUUUUUGCAUUACUAACAAUAAUGUAACAAUAUAAAUUUUAUAGUUGUUACGCAUAAAACUUACAAUAACGACGAAAGGAAAUUCUUUAUUGAAGUAUUUGUAUUAAAAUUUAUUCUAUAAACAUAACAAAAAUAAGUUACUUUAUUUUGAUACACGCGGUUAAAUGUUUUGCAUAUCAUAAGUUAUGUGAACUGUGGCACUUGUUAAAGUAAUUAAGUGUUGCACGAUUUUAAAUUUUUUAUGCUUUUUAAAAUAAAAUUAUUCAGUAAAUA